AUGUGGAGCUGUAUCAAUGAUUCUCAAUGGAAGAUCGGGGCUUUUUUGACCAAUUCUUAUGCUAAUCCUAAGAAAUUCCGUUCAAGAAAGAAUCAAAUCAAUUUUGGGUUGAACCAACAACCUGAUUGUGUGGUUAUUCUUCAUCCAGAUAGAAAGUCAUCGGUCAUACUGGAAGCUGAUCGAUCACUAAUACCUAUUGCAUCCUUAGUUGAUUCUACGAUCCCAUGCGAAUACUAUAAAAGAAUCAAUUAUCCCAUCCCUGCGAAUGAUCCUAUACGAGAUCAGCAGUACUACGAGAACUACGUCCGUGCACUUGACAAAGGGGAACAAGCCGACCGAAAUCUAAUCCUAGCCCACACCCUGUCCCAUGCCAAUGUCGCCUUCUGGGCCCAACUUGGGAAGGCCCACCAGACCGCCGGAGUCCUCUUCGAGGUGCUCUGCGCCGUCAACAAGAAUGAGAAGGUUGAAGAAGUCAACCCAGAGAUUAUUCGCUUGCACAAGGAUGUGCAAGAGAAGAAAGACAUCUACGCGCCGUUCAAUACAAUAUCCUCCCUCUCGAUGCCGCGAGUGCAUCCCAGUCCAUCAUGCAGCUGGAGGAGAUCAAAGCAGCAGUCGCAGCCCUGCGGAACACACACACGGGGGCUUGACCAUAAUGAUGUGAUAAGUUUGAUAUAUUAUUAUGAUACUAUGCUUUCAUUGUCGGACUUGUUGUAA